AUGCAUAAUUCGAAACAGCAACAGUCUUCAAAAGCGGGCUCAUCCCUAACGUCGUCGUCACCAGCAAAGAACGAUGCUUCAAGCAACUCACAACCUCCACUGUCAGAAAAGCAGCGAGAGACCAACAAUGCCUUCUUUCGAAAAAUGGUCAACGACCGCAACAAAAAGCUUGAAGAGUUACAACAAACGCAUACCACAUUGCAGACCAACGCAACAAAGAUAUCAGAAAAUGAAAAGGAGGAUCAAACGAAUAAGGCAUCAUUGGCAUUCAUGCUACUGGGUGAGUUGAUUGAUGAAUGCAUAUAUGACGUUGUCUUUGAAGCACACCGAAAUAUAAAGCAAGCAAACAGCGUAUGUCAAAUCUGUCAAACAAAAUGUCGAUCUUAUGUAUCAAGGCCUGGAUGUGAUGUCUAUGGGAAUACGUAUGCAGCCAACAACCUUCCAUCUUAUGAAUGUGUCAAUUGCCACAAGAUGAUUGCAGCAGGACGAUACGCACCCCAUUUAGAAAAGUGUCUUGGACUAGCAGGGCGUCAAUCGAGUCGAGUAGCCAAUCGGCGGCUUGGAUCAUCAUCACCUUACGCAUCAACACCCACAUCCAUGGAUGAAUCAGCACAUGCCUUAAGUGACCCAGAAUCCGAUAAGAAAAAGAAACGUCCGAUUCAAUCAACAUCCAAUGGAAUUUCACGAGUCAAGAAACUAAAGAAUGCAUCCAUGUCAGAGAAACCCUGA